UUUAUUUUAAAAAGUGAGUUAGGAACCGACCUAAGAGAAAUAGGUAGCAGCAAAAACACAAGUUUAAUCUGAAAAAUGAAGGAAUGAGUUUCCAAAUUUCCAAGUUCGAGUAAAUGCAACUUGUGCGACUUGAAGUUUGCAGAGAGCAGAGGGUUCCAUACUCACGAUGUCAGGAAUGGACGAAGAAGCACCGGACGUUUUAUGCCAACUGGAAAACGUUCAAGGCUUAGUCGACGCUUUAACCUCCGUCAGGUGGAAACGCCAGCAAGAUGCCGUCUUGGAGUUAUCCGAACACGGCAUCGUUUUGAUCGUCGAAGAAAGUGGGUGCCUCCAAGCCAAGGUUUAUCUAAAAAAAGAGCUAUUCAUUCGCUAUGAUUACAAUGCAGAAGGAAGACCUCGUUUUGGAGUGAGUUUAGGGCUUUUUGUUGAUUGCUUGAACGCCUUUUCGGUUCCUGCUCAUUCCAAUUUGAUUCAGAUUCAGUAUCCAGGUCCUGAUAUGCAAGUUAUUCUCAAAUCUGUAGAUUCGCCGGAUGCCAGUAUUUGUGCAGAGAUCAGAACAAGGAUUCCUGAUACUAUUGCAUGGGACUACAACUUUGAACCUGCUGGGGCUAACCCUUUAACCUUUACUGUUAAGUCUGCAGCACUAAAGGAAGCUAUUGAGGAUCUUGAAUGGCCUGGGUCAAGCAUUCAGAUAACUAUGGAGCCAGAUCCUCCUCGUGUUACCUUGAGAGCUGAAGGACACGGGGACUUGCAGAUAGACUUCAUGUAUUCUGCAAAUUCUGAACUCUUGGUAGCAUUUCAGUGUGAUCAUCGGGCUUCUUUCAAGUAUAAAUAUAAGUUCCUAAGAGCAUCAACUUCUAAUAUGCCUAGUAGUGUCAUUAAAGAAAAUAGAGGAAGCAAGUUAAGCAUUGGGAGAGGUGGAAUGUUAAAAGUGCAGCAUCUGGUUUCAAUUUCCAAACCUGCCUCGCACUCUUAUGCAGAUUCUGCUGGCUAUCAACAACCUGGUCGAAUAGCUCAUAUUGAAUUCUUUGUGAAACCAGAGGAAAUCGAAGACUAGACAAAUUGUUUUUAUUAAGUAGAAUCAAGGAAAAUGUCUGCCUUAUCAUUUACACACACUGCUUUAAAUCUGAAAAGAUCUCUUGGAGUUUUCCAACCA